AUGUGCGUGUUAAAUCCCACAUCGGCACCGCUCGGUACAGUGUUGUACUUCCCUACAGAGAGUGGGGCGUACUCUUUUGGUGCAUAUUCAGCUUUUCCGCAGCAGUACUACAAUACCAUGCCGCAAGCACAGCAACACUUUACCGAAUCCUGCACCACCACCACCACCAUUAUGAUGCCAGAAGCCAUGAAAUAUAGGAGCGGAGGGGGGCUGGAGCAUUGCCAGUGUGCUGCUGCUGGGUCUAUAACGCCUUCUGCUCGACCGCUUCCCUCCGCUUCUGGAAGUUUUUUAUUUGUUCGUUCCCCUCCAUCCUUACCGCUUCCUGCAGCAGCCAACGAUGUUUCUAAUACGCCGCGUCCCACGGAUGCCACUGUGGUCAUUGCGGGAUAUUUAGGGGAGAGUGAACGCGGGGGGUCGCAGGGCCAUGAAAUCCCUUUUGAGGCCCGCCGGUCACGAAGCUCCCGGGCUGGAAAUACCCAUCGUGACUAUGGGGAUAAGUUUGGUGAAUGCCCUUCGACGCUUUCCAUGUUUUUUUCGCUUCCAACACUUUUUACCGAUUUGACAGCGUACACCAAGCGUCGUCCUCCGCGUGCGGGAAAAAAGGAUGACAGCGACAGCCAAUUGCGGGUGGAAGAUGUACAUUACGUGUACCUGGUUGGGCAUCGUUGCAGACGCACUGUGUGCGCCGCCAGCGUCCUACAUGAGGUGGGUGAGAUGGUGGUACUUGAGGGCGAUAUGGGAAUUGAAAUGGGUUCGGUACAGUUGGUUCUCCCGGUGGAGGAAUUUGAACAGAUGGAGACCGCCGAGUUGGCGCGCCGUGGGUUUCCUACGGAGCACGAUGUGGUGACAGCCGCCCUCAUUCUUCGAAACGCCACCGAGGAGGAGACACAGCACUACAAUCACACCCUUCGCCAGCUGUCCAAAGACCUGUUGAAAUUCCUAAAGUACGGACUGAACCCUGCCCGGUUUUUGUCCUGCGAGGUACAACACAUGUUCUUUCUUGACUGCGAGUUUCAGGCUGACUGUAAGAAGAUUUAUAUCUACUACAGGGCCAGGACGCGGGUGCUCUUCAGAGAGCUCGCCCAGUACUUGUAUUGUUUCUAUCGCUGCCGCAUCUGGUUGCACGAGGUAGGCAGAUGUGAAUUGAAAGCCUCAGGCGAUUUCUCACAAGAUGCAGAGAUUUCGUAA